AUGAUGGAAAAUCUAACCAUUUCCGACGCCCCUCCUGGGGCUCCGGCCUCGCAACCCUUUGCCCAGCUGCCGCCGCAGAUGUUUACGACUGCCGCGCAGCUGUUGGAUCUCACCGAUAAGUAUCCUUACGGCUACUUUGCCGAUAUAACGCACGGCAUCUUCCUCGUGCGAGGCGAGAACGUCUUGCUCCUGGGGGAGAUUGACCUGGACAAGGACGACGAUGCGCCGCCGGGAUAUGAGCUCGCCGAGGUGGAGGUGGUGAAGAAGCUCGCCGAGGCGAAGAAGACGGCGGACAAGGCCAAGGAGAAGGCGCGGUUGAAAAAGCUCGUCCGGAUUGGGUUUGAGGGCGAGAAUUUGGGAGAUAUUUUCUUUUAA